CUGAACAGCUGCUUCCUGGUUCUCCACGUGCUGCCAGCAGCGCUGGAGCUGCCCGAGCCAGAGCGGAGCCGCUGUUCUCAGCUGCAGCCAGGAUCUGCCCCCGGCCCCGCUGGGAUCCAGACAGGCUGCAGAAUGUUUUGCUCCAGCUCAUCCCAGCCUGGCGUGGGACAGGGAAGAGAAAUGGCUGCAGUGGAGUCAGUCCAGGGGCUGGUGACCUUCAAGGAGAUGGCUAUGUAUUUCACCAGGGAAGAGUGGGCUCUGCUGGACCCCACUCAGAGAGCCCUCUACUGGGAUGUCAUGCAGGAGAACUAUGAGACUGUGACCUCGCUGGGCCAGAGAAUAACAUCCAUGUUUCGCUGCAGAUCAUCUCGUCCUCCCAGGGGCAAGGAAAUGGCUGCAAUGGAGCUGGCUCAGGGGCCGGUGACCUUCGAGGAGGUGGCUGUGUAUUUCUCCAGGGAAGAGGGGACUCUGCUGGACCCCACUCAGAAAGCCCUCUACAGAGAUGUCAUGCAGGGGAACUAUGAGACGAUGGUCUUGCUGGGUAAGGAUUCCUGUCCCUUCUGUUCUUGGAAGGGGAAAUGAAGAGUGAAGGUUCAUGCCACCCCCACAAUGCCAUCUGUACCCUGUCCUGUUUCAGCAUCACCCCAAUAGGCCAGUAACAUACAUACUACCAGAGACCCUCCUCUGCUGCAGAACACUUUGGGAACAGAGCACAGGAGCAGCAUCACACAAUGUCAAAUAUCUCCUCUUUACUCAAGUAAAACUGGGGUUAGGUCCAGCAUAAUGAACAGAAGCUUCCUACCCCCAGCCUUCUCUCAAACCCUGAGCCUUCUCUACCCAAACCAGAAUGUGCUUGGGGUGUAACAAGCAGGCGGCUGGAGUCAGAGCUGCCAGUCCAGGGUUAC